AAAAAGUAUGAGUAGAAAUAUGGAAACAAACAAGAGUCAAAACGGGGCUCACGCCCAGCAAGCAGCUAUCGUAGCAAGCGCUGAGAUGAAGAGGGCACAAGCGCUGGAACACCUUGAUAAGCUUACUAGAGAGCUGCAUGAGUUUGUUAAGUCUAAAGUCAACAUCCACAAAGAGAUCAAGACGAAGACAACCGGUGUAGUCAACGCCCUUCAAAGGUUCAGAACACUUGAUGACGGAUGGCAGGCACAACAACGGCAAACUCCCAAUGUCACACCGAAGAAGAGCAGACAACCUGCCGCAGACACCGUCGAAGAGAUGGACACCGGUGCCGAAGGCGAUGGUGAAUCUCUAACAGAAGACAGAAGCGACACUGGUGUCAGGUCUGGGAAGAGGAAAGACCGUAACUCUCCUGACCCAACGGUCAACCAAGUAAUGAAGAAAAAGGACACAAAACCAAGUCCUCCGAAAGAAGUGGCGGCACGGAGUGCCAAAAAUAAGGAGGUCGACGCGUGGCAAAAAGUAGAAUCGAAGAAGAGAAGGCCGGAGCAGGAUCACCUCCCAAAGCAAUUGCCGAAGGAGCCACGACCGGAACCUAAGCGGAAAAAAUCGCGCAAAUGGAUCAGACCUGACGCGUUGAUAAUCCGCCCUGCCGAAAAAGAGAAGUAUUCCGAGAUAUUGCGCCGCAUAAAGCGUGAUGUCCCAGCAGACCAGGUUCGAAAUACCGUCGAGAAGGACCAUCACAGGAAUUCUUCAAGACGAUGCUAAGGUAGUCUGUAAAGGUCCACAGGAGACCAUUGAGAUUCGAGACAUUGACGAAGAAACGACGAAGGAAGAGAUCCAGGCCGCCCUGAAAGAGGAAGUUGGAAAAGAUCAUGAGAUACCUCUAGAAGGAAUAAAAAUCCGUAAGGCUUUCAGAGGUACGCAGACGGCUGCAGUCACUUUACCUAUGACCAUCGCGCGAAAAUUAGUGGAAGGAACCGGCAAGAUCCAUGUCGGGUGGGUUAACUGCCGAAUCAAAGCGACGACGAGACCUAUCCAAUGCUUUAAAUGCUGGCACUUUGGACAUGUUGGGCCCCAAUGUAAAAGCCAAGUAGACCGAUCUAAACUCUGCAUCAGAUGUGGACAAGAAGGGCACCGUAUCGCGGACUGUAAAAUUCUGCCAAGUGUGCAAUAUGUGCUGACCAGCAAGGAGCAAAGGACGUGGCUCACCAUGCCGGCACCUACAGAUGCCCGGUAUAUCAGGAGGCGCUCCAGAAGUUGACGAACAAACAAGCAUGAGGAUAUUGCAGCUCAACCUCAACCAUUGUGAAGC